AUGCUCAUCAAGGAGUACCGUAUCCUUCUGCCGAUGACGGUCCAGGAGUACCGGAUCGCCCAGUUGUACAUGAUUCAGGUAUGUAUCUGAACUCUGUGUGCGUGUGCUCAAAUAGUGCUUUGGUGUUGCUUUUGUCAUUGAAACCAAACACACGUGGAUGUUUGCACGGGAAGCCCUCGGCUCCGUCGCCGAGCACAAAAUCCAUGAGAAGUUGGCGGGGAGAAAAGGCGGGUUAAUUGAUGUGCGCCUUCUGAAAUGGCAACAAAUUGUUGACGACAAGUGGUGUGGCGGAAAGCUUUUAGGCCGGAGACAAGGGGCGAGCAGCCGAGUGUGAAACGUCGCAUUAGAAGCCAAAAUGAGCACUUUGUGAGACGGAAAGUGCGCUCUGUCGAGAAGGGAUUAUAAAAAAGGGCAUGUCUAGUGAUCAAAUUCCAGAAAAAGAGCCGUCUGGACUCUCACGGAAAGGAUUCUGGCGUCGAGAUCAUCAGCAACAAGCCCUACUCGGACGGUCCGGGCGGAUGCGGACAGUACACCUUCAAGAUCUAUCACAUCGGAAGCCGCAUUCCAGGUUGGGCGGAUUUGCAAUGCAAAACACACUUGUUGUCAUUAUUUAUAACGAAGAAAGGGAAGAAGGAAAAUAGGAGGGGCGAUGCUUUGAGUAGCGUGAAUAAUUCAGCGUUUACUCUGCCGUGCAUUGCAAUCUCGGCGAAAAUAAAUAAUGUUUUUUUCGCUUUUUCGCGGCGGCGAGCCAAAUAUCGAAUUACGAAUUAGGCGCUGAAGUGGAAAGGGAAAGGAGAAUGAAAGAUUUCAGCGUGGAUACGGACGGUACUCCCGACGAACGCUCUGGAAGCACACGAGGAGGCGUGGAAUGCGUAUCCGGUGACGAAGACGCGAUACUCGACGCCCAUGAUGGAUAGGUUCAGUCUGGAAGUGGAGACCCUCUAUCACGACGAUCACGGACAGCAGGAGAACGUGUUCAAUCUGAGCGAAAAGGAGCUGUCGAACCGGGUCAUUGACUACAUGGACUUUGUGAAAGACCCGAUCUCCUCGCACGACUACUGUGUGGAAGAGGAUCCGAAGCUCUACAAGUCCGAAAAGACCGGAAGGGGACCGCUGACAGACGACUGGGUGGCUGAGCAUCGGAAGAAGGGCCUGCCGAUCAUGUGCGCGUAUAAACUCUGCAAAGUCGAAUUCCGCUACUGGGGUAUGCAGACGAGGGCGGAACGCUGGAUCCAUGACCUCGCACUGAGGAACACAAUGCUCAGGGCCCAUCGGCAAGCGUGGGCGUGGCAGGAUGAGUGGGUGAGUUAGAUUGGCUGGCCCUUAACCCAUGUAAAACUUCCUACUUUGUCACGAGACGCAACCCGAGUGCACGUGCGCGCAACACCAAUGCAUAAUUGAUGUUUUCUUUUCCAGACUGGCCUCACGAUGAAAGACAUCCGGAAGUUGGAAGCGGAAGCGGCUCUCCAUCUGAGCAAGGUGAUGGCAAUUCGAGAAGAAGACGAGGAGAAUGCGGAAGAGAAUGACUCGGACGACGACGGAGACGCCGUCUCCGAUGAUCUGUACUUUGAUGCGUGCGAUCAGUCGCCGGCGCCAACUCAGAAGCCGUCCAUUAUCAGAUGGAGCAGCGAGUUGGAGCUGGAGAUUCAGGAUGAAAGUAUGUCGACACCAGAUGCUUCCAUUAUUUCCUUUUCUUCAGAUUCUCCCCCGUUGACCCCUCACAAUGGAUCCACGGACACCGCCCUUCUCAUAAUGGUUUUCCACGGAGACUUCUCUCCCGAUAACCCGGCAGACUCAAAAACAACCGACACAAAUACAUUCGGGUGAGAGAAGUCUUUUGAAUUGAAAAAAUCUUCGAACGCAAUUUUUUCCAGGUCAACAAUAGAGACGUGUGUCCAGAGACACUAUCCGCAACUUCGAAAGAGAUUGCACAUUGUGAACGUGUCGUGCGGUUGUGAAAUGACUCAAGUUGUCAGCAAACUGGCGAACGUCUCCCCGAGCUUCGGACUCCUCCAUCCUUCGCUUUCUCUGAUGCUCCCGUCGGCGAAUCAUUUGUACAAUGAGGCCGUCGAGGGAGCGAUCAGAAGAGCGAACGAGACUUACAACGAGUUCAUCGCCUCGCAGCCAUUGUUCAACGGAGAAGUGUUUCUGGUCGGCGACUGUGUCGGCGGCAUAUUCUUGUAUGAAGCGAUGACGAAGAAGUGCGACUCGCUGACGUUUUUGAAGAGGUUGUCUUCGAAUGUCUCAUCGAGAAUUAUCAAGGAGGAUGUGAGUGUCCAGAAUGACUGAAAAGGAAGUGACCCUCCAUCGUUUCGUUUCAGACCCCUCACCAAUCGAUGACCGAUAUCACCGUCACCGACAACACCUCCACCGCCUCCUACCCCCAACAGAAUCUGCACAAUGCAUCCGCCAGGGACCACAGCUCCCUCCAAAAUGGUCAUUCGUCCCGCAGGUCCACACGCAACUAUUCGGCCCCGCCGUCGGCGUCGUACGUGCGUAAGAAGAUCUCGUUGGUGUCGGUUGAUUCUGUCAGUGUGAGUGAUGAUUCUUCAGUUCCUUUAGCUCAUUUCCAUCGAUUUCCUCAGUGAUUGAUUGCCUUGAUUCUCGGAAUGCUCUCUGUACCCUCCGUAGUGUUUUCAGUUCGGAGCAUCGAGACUCAACUUCCAGCCAAGCACCAUCUUCCUGCUCGGAUGUCCGUUGGGGUUGACGCUGAUGCAGAGAAAGUUGGAAGGAUCAGGUGAGAUUGGAAUACGAUCGUUCUCUUCAAAUCUUUAGAGACUUUCAGAGCCGGACAGUCUGGAUUCCUGCCAGCUAUUCAAUCUCUACUACCCUCUGGAUCCUUGUGGAGCGCGUAUCGAGCCAGUUCUCGAUGCUCAGUUGGCAUGUCUGGCCCCGUACAACGUGCCAAAGUAAGCCUACUCUCUAUGAUUUCUAGUUUAUUUUUCCUGCUCACUUCAGAUAUCAACGGUACCCUCUGGGCGACGGAAAGUCUCAGAAAUUCGACUCAACCAUCGACACGUCACAAAUGUGGGGCAGCAAACGAGUAGACAACCUUCUCUACUGCCCGAAUUCGAUGGUCGCCCUUCCGUCCUCGGCUCUUCCCAACAUCCUUCACGCUUCUUAUUGGGAGUCUUGUGACGUGGCAUCAUUUCUUCUUCGUCAGUUUGUGCGCGGAGAAGAGAGUGUGCUCACGACGCUCUCUUCGAGUAUGAACAACAUCCCACUCAACAUAGAUCUGCCGCCAAUGCACUGGAAAAGGAAACGGACGAGGUUCAAGAUUGCGAACCUUUCGGCCAACCAUCGUGCCAAUGACAUCCUCGUCACCGCCGGAAUGGAUCUCACCGUCGUCGCCAAAUUCUGCUACGGACCCAUGGACCUGGUGGCUCUUUCGCGUGAGCCGGUCUCUGUUUUCGUGUGCCCGCAAAGAGGAGAUUGGUACUUGCACGGCGUUUUCGACACUGACUCCCACGGCCGGCUGACUGUCCAGCUGGCAAAGACCUUGCCAUGUGGCAUCCACUCCAUCAAGAUCGUUGUCCACGGAGACCGUUCCUACCUCGACGCCUUCGUGGCCAUCGUGCCGCACUCCACGAAAUGCGUCGUCUUCUCUGUCGACGGCUCUCUAACCGCUUCGGUCUCCGUGACCGGAAAGGAUCCGCGCGUGCGUCCCGGAGCGGUCGACGUCGUCCGAUACUGGCAAGAGCAGGGAUACCUUAUCAUCUACCUGACCGCCCGUCCCGAUAUGCAACAGAGAGUCGUCUCCGCGUGGCUCGCCCAGCACAACUUCCCCCACGCGCUGCUCUUCUUCAACAACUCGUUCUCGACGGAGCCGUUGAAACAAAAGUCGCUGCAUUUGAGGCACAUCGUCGAUAUGGGUGUGCAAAUUCACGUGGCGUACGGCAGCGGCAAAGACGUCUCGGUGUACACGUCGGCGGGGGUGGAUCCGGAGCACGUGAUCUCGGUGGCUGGCUCCAGGAGGAGGAAUUGCGUUCAGAUUGGUAAGAAGCAAAUGGAAAAUGGUAAUGUUUGAGUCGAGUUUGUUCCAGAAAGCUAUUCCUCUCACUUGGCGGCCCUGAGCUCCGGGAAUUGCCCACUGGGCCAGCGAAUCGAGGACGAUGGAAUGAGCCUUCAGUUGCACAGGUACUGUGGAUUACUGUAGUCACGGCCGGACAUGUUUCAACUUUCAGAAACGUCCAGAGAACGCCUUCGUUCACGCCACGAGGCGGGAAGUUCGAGAACGAAAAAGAGGCGGCGCGUCGGUAG